UUGGAGGAGUCUCUUGCUCGAAUCUGCACAUGGCACACAAUGGAAGGGAUGUUGUCGUGCUCGGGUGGGGCGGGACGGAGGGAGGAGCUAUGGCUUGGUUCUGCCACCGUGCCGCUGUAACCCGCUACCUCUAAGCAUAGCUUCGCCCCAACAUGCCCCAAUGUUAUUAGUAUCAAUAUGGCAGCUCAGAUUGCAACCGGCUCAGCUUUCAAGUCAAUACAGCGGAGUGUAACUGGUAUCGCAUAGCCCGACGCCCGGCUUUCCACUCUGCUCAAGUAGCGAAGUACGGCAGAGCAUUAGGCUCCUUGCUACCGAACUAUCUAACCAUGGACAAAAACUAUGAAGAACCCGAGUCGGUCGCAGAGGAUCUACCCGUUAAGAUUAAGGAGGAACCUCAGGAUGACAUCAAGGACUAUGCAGAGACCACUAUGAAUGAGCUGCUAGGCUGGUACGGCUACGACAAGGUCAGCAGUAGUGAAACAGAACAGCUUAACCUGGGGCGCUAUCGGCCCGAAGACAGCAUGGACGAUGGUGACGUGUGUGACGGUGACAGCCUGGACGGCAGCGAAAGUGGUCUGAUGACACCAGAGGAGGGAGAGAGUGGGCGCCUCAGUGCAGCCAACAGUGAGUCCUCCUUGGCAGCACAGCACCGGAACCUGGUCUCUGCACUCAACAGGCGACAGGAGAGUGGGACGCCAGGGCUGUCUGACUCCUCAUCCCCAUCCUCCUUCAUUGUCUGUGCAUGGUGCCAAAAGACUGGAAUGAAGCUGUUCACUCUGAAGAGCUCCACAGGCCUGAAGGCAUUCUGCAGUGAAAUUUGCUUCACACAGUGUCGAAGGGCAUCCUUCAAGAAGAAUAAAGUAUGUGACUGGUGUAAACAUGUGAGACAUACAGUGAACUAUGUGGACUUUCAGGAUGGUGACCAGCAGCUUCAGUUCUGCAGCUCCAAGUGUCUCAAUCAGUACAAGAUGAAUAUCUUCUGUAGGGAGACUCAGGAACACCUCAAGCAGAUGCAGCAGAUAGGGGAAGACAGUGAAGACUCCCCCUCACCAACUAUACAUGACAAACAGAUCCUUAUUACUCCAGAUUUGUGGCUGUCAAAGAAGCAGGAUCAAGCUCGGGGCAUUAAGCGGGAAGACAAAGGGGAUGAUGAUGGAGAAGUCAGUGUACGAGGGGAGAAGAACAGCACAUUGUCCAAGAGUUUUUUGUCUUCAAGAAAGUUUGAGACGUCAUCUGGAGCUGAUAGAUUUGCCAAAGAUCGUGAACGCCUUCGUCGUGCGAUAAGAGAGUCAAGGGAGGCUGCAAGGUCAUGCAGUCCACCCAGAAGUACAAGACAGUCUUCACCUAAAGCUCCUCUACCAGGGGCUUCAGGCUUUCCUCAGUGGAUGCCUCCUCCACAUUUGAUGGGUGGACUUGCUCCAGGAAUGGCAUCACUGGGUAUGUUCAACCCAAUGAUGUUUGGUGGACUGUUUGGAAACCCAUCAGAAAGACCGCCCCUUCUGACACCAGAUGCAGGGGGCUCUAGCAAACACAGAGACAGAGAUAGAUCCCAGAGCACAUCUGGGGCCCCCUUGUCCUUGUCUUCACCAGAAACAUCACCUUCCUCUACCAGUACAACACCAAACCUCCCUAGGGCCACAAGCUCAGCUGCAGAACCCAACAUGAGAUCUGUCUCAUCACAUAACCCAGCUCCACCUCUUGGACCAGGGUUACCAAGAGGAAAUUUUGGAGCAGGGUUGUUCCCAUUUGGAGGUGCUCCUGGGGCACUACCCCCAAUGUUCCCAGGUGAUCCAGGUAUGGGAAAUAUGUGUCCUCCCUUCUUUAACCCCAUUGGUCCAGGUCAGUUACCCCAUCCAGGGAUGCCACCACCCCCAGCAGGCAAUGGUGUUCCUCCUGUCACAGUUAUGGUACCUUUUCCAGUUGUUCUUCCUCUUCCAAUACCAAUACCUGUACCUCUACCUAUCUCAAUGGAAAAACUCAUGAAAUUCUUUGCUGAGAAACAAGCAGAAAGCAAUGCCCCCUCUCCUGACACAAAGGUUGGUACAAGUGCAGAUGAAGUCCGGGAUACUGCCUCCCCUCAGUCCUCCACACCCCUUAGUUCCCGAGUGCACUUCCCCAGAGAGAAUACACACAGGAGAGUAACUGUGUCCCGAGACUCUGCUUCUAGUGGUUGUAUAGACUGUGCAUCUUGCAAACAACCAGUCCGUCAAAGAUCUGAAUCAGCUGAACCUGCUAUCACACAGAGGAAAGAUAUUAAACCUUCUUUUAUGAUCGACUCACACAUACUGAAACGGUCUCUUACACCUACCACUGCCAGGACGCUUGAUCUGACCAAGAGACCAAAACUAGACCUGAAGAGCAAUCAAACAGGUGCAAUAGAUCUGUCAAAAGACAGCUGUGUGUCCUCGGACUCAGAGGUCAUGGGCAAAGAAAACCAUCGGGUGUUUACGGUCAAGGAUCGGCCGCCUUCAGAGUCCUCAAAGACUGAUGCUGAGGACUCGGAGGUGGACACUGGACUGAAGGUGCCGAGGAUUCACAUUGUCUCUACGGCUGGAGAACCACCCCUUGCUUCACAACAGCUCCCGCUUCCGCCGACUGAUCAUGCGUAUUCUCUACGGCGGAGCCUCAUUCUAGACGCACCAAAUGUCCCCAAGCAGCAGAAGAACACCUACCAAGAACGACCCUAUGUUCGGAGUGUUCCAAGGGACAUGAUAGAGGCGGCACGUAGACGAUGUCUACGGGCUCGUGUCCGAACAAAGUGAACUCAAUCACUCAGGCCUAAUACCGAGGCCCUUGACGCCAAAACGAUAAAAAAUGUAAUAAGUAGAUUUUAAAUAUGAUAUUUAAGAGUCAAGAGUAUUUGUUUUAACUGCAUUGUUGUGUUAAAUUACUUAUAUUUAUUUUUUCAUACCUUUUGGCGUCAAGUACCCAUGGCUUCAACUGAUACCAACAGUUCCAUGCUGCGUAUAGGGUGUUACUUUGUUAUAUUGGUAAUCCAAUUUUAAAAUUACAAAAUGUAUUAAUUUAUUAUUUGCCAGCAUUUAACAAAGUAGUGCUUUACAUAUAUAUUUAUGUUACACAUACAUGUUGUGAUGUUCCAUUCUUGAAAUGUCUCGUAACUUUGAAAUGUAUCUUUGAAUUUAUUCAUGCAUUAUAUAUGACUCUAGUCAAAGCUUGUCUGAGCAAGAUUAAUUUUCUUCCUGUCACAUGUGACGAGUAUUACUAAACGCACUGAAAUUACGCAAUAGAGGUUUGAGAUCAUUUAAGUUUUCUUACAGCUCCAAUAUAUUGAUCUGCAUUAAUGAUUUGUAUUAAGGCAAUAAUUUCAAAAGAUGGCGUGCAGAACUGACUGAUGUAUGUCUGGGGGCAGACAGGAUUCAGUACACAACGGAGUCUGUAUUAGAUGCAUCUAUACAGUUUUCCUUGGUAGACAGUAAACAGCUGUGUCCUAAAUCAUCCCCCGUGCCUCAUAAAUCCACAAAGACGGAUUGAAACUUUUUUUUCUGUUUGAUUUUAGUUUAGUGAUAAGUUUUAUAUUGUUUUCUUUCAUGUUUUGGUGCGUCAAUAUGCAGUGAUUGUUUGAACACGCAAUGGUAUAUUUGGUUCGUUAUUUGUUUCUCUAUAAGUUUUGCGUAGGUUUGGUUUCACAUUGUGUAUGCUUCCGGUUACGCCGGAUGUGACUUCUGUGAUGAGCACGCAGCUCACAAUCCCAGGGUGACCGGAAGAUUGCUUUGGCCCUUUGGUCAGUACCUAUGUAGUAAGUGAUGUUACCAACUGUACAAGAUAACUUUAUAACAAACCGGUUUCCUCACUCUUCGGCGUUUAUGCAUUUGCUACGGCUAAAUGUGUUGUGCUACUGUGAAGAACCUGGUUCAGUUUUAUCCUUUUUAGCCAGAUCCAAACUUAGACAAGGGGUUAUGUAAAGACAUGAUUGAGUUCGUGUUUUGAAAAUUUGAAUUUAUCAAGACACGAAUAUCGUUUUCAUCUAUUCCGAGUACAUAAAGACGCGUAUAACAAUUUCAAAGAAGUAUAUUUUUAGAAGAUAUAUAUUUACAUAACGAAACAGAGACUGAGUGUAGUCUAGGCAUGCAGAACGGCUGGUUAGUAAUGUUUCAGAAAUGUGGUUGUGGUCUCUUUUCAACACUCAGCUGUCUCCACAUGAUUAAGUGAAAACUCCCGUUAAUUCGAACGUCAGUAACACAAUAAACCGUUUAAGUCGAUAUGUAACGUUAGGGUCUCUUAUGGAACGGCUAAUAAGACGUACCAAUUCUCAAAGUGAAAACUCCCGUUAAUUCGAACGUCAGUAACACAAUAAACCGUUUAAAUCGAUAUGUAACGUUAGGGUCUCUUAUGGAACGGCUAAUAAGACGUAACAAUUCUCAAAGUGACAACUCCCGUUAAUUCGAACGUCAGUAACACAAUAAACCGUUUAAAUCGAUAUUUAACGUUAGGGUCUCUUAUGGAACGGCUAAUAAGAGGUAACAAUUCUUAAAGUGAAAAAUCCCGUUCAUUCGAACGUCAGUAACAAAAUAAACCGUUUAAGUCGAUAUGUAACGUUACAGUCUCUUAUCGAACUACUAAUAAUACGACCUAGGUUAUUCUGUCCCCAGGACCAAAAGUUGACGAGAUUUCACCGUAUGCAAGGCUUAAAUAUCGAGCGUAAUUCACACCUACUGUUCUUGGCCAGAAACAUCCUACAGGUCUACACGAAUAACUUUCUACAUAGCAGCAGCCGCAACUACGAGAGCGUUUAUUCCAAUUUGGAGCAACGGUUUUAAUAGGGUUUGAGAUGAAUGAUCAUGGUUACACACCCUCGUCAUUAAUCUUUGAAAUACAGUCACCAUCGUUCAUAUUUGCAAUUCAAACAAUUUCCUCUUUUAUCAAAUAACGCCCGUAUAUUUCAGAAUUACAAAACAAACAGGGGUGGUCGCAUUAGUCAGUUUUCUAAUGUCAAAUAGUGCAGGGAGGUAAUGUUACAUUGCAAAGCGCGCGUCCUACGGUAUAAUUGGAACAAAUUGACCUACAAGAGGAGAGCUUUAAUAAUGAGCCGUUGAGACGAUUGGGUCUUGUCCUUAUGAUAACAUCAGACAGUCGCCUCGCAGGGAAUAUCCGAUUUCAUUGAAAAAGGUUAAAGGCUACCGGUGAUAGCCAUUUUUAUGUACUUUGUUUCACCUAUCUAAAUACUCCCUGGAACCGCUGUAACCUAAGACCCUUCCAUAUUGGAAACCGGAUCUCUUAACCGGACCAGCUCUGAUCCAAGUGCUUUAUAACCCGACAACGUCCGGUUCAGGUGGUGUUCUGUCUGUGGGAGGCACGGAUUAAAAUGUUGAGGGUGGGGAUGGGUGGUUGUGUGGGGUUUCUAUCCAUUUAAAAGUAAUAUGAACGUAUUAAGUAUUUAUACAGUUUCAAGCUUGUCUGUGUGUAAUUCAAAUACCUUAGCUUGGAUAGUUGUAUUUUGUAUUCGUAUGGCAGCUAUUUUAAUGAUAGGUCUGAUUAAAAUUUCAAGGAAACGUGAGGUGUGUAGAAUAUUGAGCAAGCAAUACUCAAUCAGCAUGUCGUUUUACAAUAAUAAUGGUGAUACAAUAUUGGGCUAGACAUUUUAUUGUCCUGGCGUUUAGGUCUGUGUUCGUUCAAAACAAAUUGCCAGCUGACUUUGGGUGGAACCAAGACUGCUAUUUCAAUGGUUUACAUCCACAUUCUCAAACUACCGGGUACCCAUUCACCAACGGGUGAAAAGACGCCGAAUCUAACGAGUUUACUUGUCAAUAAGUCACACACGUCCUUCAACCUGUGUGAAUUAUUGAUACAUGUUCAGAUCAAACUUGUUUCGCCCAAACUGAUGAUAUGCAGUAGAAUUUGCAAAGCUGCUGAUGCAGCUAAGAGCAAUAUAUCUUUAUUCUCGAGCCCGAAUACUGGUUAUCUAGAAAGUAUUGCUCCCUUAACUUCGACCUAGUAGGAGUUCUGUAGUAACAUCUGCUCACCUUGCUGUGGGUAGCAAGAUCUCGUGAGAUCUCUCUCGGUUCUAUAUGUGAUAUAUAUGUGAUAUACGCUUACCUAAGUACAGUUACAAUGCUUUUUUUUUCAAUCUUGAUACUUUCAGCUAGGCUAUCGCAGAAGGAUAUAGUAUGCGGAGUCAUUUGACAUUUAGCUGACAUCAUAUAAAACGUGUGAUGAAUGAUGUUUAGGCAAAUUAUAUAAAAAGUAAUGUCCUCUGCAAACUUUCCUCGUGUUAUGUGGCAGAUCCUAAGACACUAAAAUGGCGUUGUCAUGGAUCUCUUUACUUCGACCCUUCAUUGUGAGAAACGCCACGAGUUAAAAAUACAAAAUCACAUUUAAACAUGUAUCUUUUAAAUGUCUUUGUUACUUUGCACUUUGAUGAUUAACAUUCUAAAAACAUACGUCGAAUUACUAUGAAAUAAAUCCCGAUGUAUCAAUAAUACGCGCGUUUAUAACCUUUCCUGCAUACUUUUCAUUUACAAAGAAGAAAACUAAUGUAGCUGAGGGGUGAUAAUUGAGCUCUUAUGACUUUUAGGAGAAUCUUGCAAAUGAAUCUUAUUAGCCUUGAGUCAAGCAGAAUUUGAUCGAGUUAUAAAGUUCCUGUCUAAGCCAGAUUGACUUGCCUGUCUCGACAUAUUUUCUGCUCACUUGGUAGCGUCUGCAAGAGUCCAAUACUGCGGUGUUAUAUGUCGAAGUCACCUGCAUCAAAUUCAACACAGACGUCAACGCUUCAAUGUACAGUAGUAGGAAGAUUGUCUGUAGAUAGUAUUCAAUGCUGAAAAGUGAGAUAUCGAAUCAGACUGUGUUUUUAGUGACUAUUGUAUUAUGUUCUUAUAUUUUUAUUUUUAUUGAACGAUCUGAAAACCUCUUCAAUGCACAUUCAUCUUUCCGCAUUCUCCCAGAUACUGUGAAAAAUUAACACUCCUUCAAUCGCGUCCGCAGAGCAAUUCUUUUGCACUACCUCCGAGAUCCUGAGGACGCUUGGUUGUGUCUUAAUUGCCAAAAAAGUAAAAAACGCUCCGCGACCGCAACGCGAAAGUGUCGCAUUCCGGUCGCAAAAAUGUUUGAAAAGUUUCUCUACCCUGACUUUGCAAAAGGUGCGUCUCCUUUUAAACACGCAGUACGAUACCAGAGAAUGUGUGACACUUUUAUGUAAUAUAUUACAUUAAGGGACACGGUUGGACCAGUCGCCUAAAGCGCCGCAAUUCGCUGUGGAGAGGUGCGUCGCUUGGACACGCCACAAUCCUAUGAUUGUGGGUUCCAAUCCCGGUUCGCCCCGAUUAUGUUUCUAGGUUUGUCAGCACCAUACCCGUGCACGUGGGUUUCAUCAAAGUGAUAAAUGUCUGAGAACUUCAUCACUUACUGUUUUGUCCCACAUUAAGCUGACACGCCGUGAUAUUACUGAUAGGAGAAGGGGUGUUUAACCAAACUCACUCACUCACUCACUCGGUAUAUGACAUUGCUGUUGCUCUGUAUCCACUCUGCAGUCUGAUCACGCUUACAGUGGUAAUGAAACCCACGUUACACAUUAAAAUGAAAAGGACAGGCAGUUUUUCAUACACUGUAUUCGAGGGAUAUGAUGUAUAUCUGACACGAACAAAGCCUAACUCACCUACAUAGCAUGACAUCGUCUGGUCCAGACUUCAUUGUUUACAGACCGCCGUCAUAUAGCUGGGAUAUUGCUGAGUCCGGUGUUAAACAACAAACAAAUAAACAAACAAAGCAUGACUUGGCAAAUCUUGUUCAUGAUAUUAUGUUCUUCAUGUCAAAUCGGAUAACAUGUUUUAUAUCUACGGUCGAGGGCGUUGCACUUUGCUAUGUAGAGUUGCGUCCCUUAGCCAUGUCAUGAUCCACUGGUGGUCGGUUCGAAUCAAAGAACCGUCCUGAUCAUUGGUCUGUCAACCUUGGUCUGUCACCCUUGAGGUGAGUGUCAUCAAACCGGUAGAAGCCUACGACCUAUAUGUCACUUUGGGCUUGCCUUCCACAAUGAGCUGACGCAGUAGCAUAACUGAAAUAUUGUUCAAAGCGGCGUUAAACUUAACCCACUUACUCACUCACUUCAGAUGGGGCGUGUGUGUUGCAUCCUUGCAUCUUUGCAUCUUUGGCGAUGCACCAGCCCCCUAGCUUCACUUGGCAGUUGUUAUGUACGAAGUCUUUGUUGAUAUGUAUAUUAUGAUUAUAAUUAUUAUUAUUAUAUUAUUAUCUACUAUAUAUGAUGUUAAGCGCGUGUAUAUAUACAUUUGUUAUUAUCUACUGGCUUUAAAACAGGGCCAGCAAAUAUAGGACAUUUGGGGUGGACUAUAGUCUCGUACAACGCUGUGUUAAUUGUUGCGAAGAGGUAACAGACACUGAAUAUGGAACAUGCCUUCAGUAAGAGAGCUUCUUGUUAUCUACAGUAAACUACGGUUAUAACGAACACGCUUAUAACGAACUGACCGAUAUAGCGAACUUAUUUUUUAGUCCCGGCCAUUUGUUGUAUAUAUGCUGCAUAUAUGCUUAUAACGAACUACGGUUAUAACGAACUAAAAUUAGUAGUCCCUUUGAGUUCGUUAUAACCGUAGUUUACUGUAUAUGCGUUGCCAAGUAUGUCAAGAUGUACAACAAAAUGGUUCAAAGCUGACAGAAAUGAUAUCAAUAUAAACAUGGGAACCAAGUUAUUCAGGCUACCAAUUUGAACAUUUCAUUGUUUAUAUCAUUAUUCUUUCUUCUCUUCCUAAAAGGGUUCCAAAUUAAAUGGUAAAGCAGAACUACCAACACUUUUUGUGUGAAUAAUAUAUAUUUCCAAUAGUCAUGAUAAUUGAUUUUUGUGAUAGUUGGCAACGAAUUUAUGAGGAAUAUUAAUCUCUGAAAUAAUUCAUUACUAAAUAAUAAACGACAAACACCCCGCUCUGAAUGAAUAUUGCAUAUUCCCUUUCGAUAAGCUGGCAGCAUAGUUAGCUCAAAAUAGAACAAAAUUUUGAGUACGUAAAAUAGUGACGCCAUGAUCUGAUGCAUACGUUUCGACUAUCGUUGCAUCUUAAAUAUUCUUAAGAUGGUCUUAGAACUUACAACUCAAGUCAUAUACGUGAAUAGGUCCUCUUCUGAACUCACAUCUGAAAAAAAACUAAUGUAACUGAGAAAAGUGUAAGCCUCCGUUACAGUAAUGGAGAUACGGUAGUCCCAGUUGCAACGUCUCAGUCCGUAUACAUGUACUAGGUUCUGUUAAAGCGUAUGGACCUACUAACGUUGAACGAUUGUAGUGGUAAGAUUAUUAUAAGGUUAAAGUAUAGGCGGUUAAGGAGUGCUGAGAUCGCUUUGACCAAGUGGGACGUGGACUAUAUUUCCCCCGAUGUCCUGUAACUCAGUGGCUCGUCUGGUGUAUAUAUCUGUGUGAUGACUGAGUGUCAUUGUUGUACUACACGGUUGUUGCAAUAAGUUAAGACGUGUUAUGCACGAGCAUGCGGUAUAUGUUUUUAUUUGGACUGCGUUAGCCUUCGCAGUUGUCUGUAAAUUUGAUUGUGAGCUUUACACAUCACGAGCUAUGAAAUAAAGUGAUGCCAAAUUUA